CUCAUAAUCGAACCAUUCGCCGAAGAUUCCGGCCGCUAUGAGUGCGUCGCCGUCAAUGUAGCUGGCGAAGCACGUUGCGAUGCCGACUGCAUUGUACAAUCGCCCACUAAGCCUGAGAAACCCACCACACCGGGCAGCGAAAAGCCACCACACAUUGUAGAGAAAUUGAAGAGUCAAUCAGUGGAAGAAGGUAGCAAAGUGAUCUUCCGUUGCCGCAUUGAAGGCAAGCCCACACCGACGGCACGCUGGUUGCGUGGUGAAAAUAUCGUGAAACCAUCGCGUUACUUCCAAAUGACACGUCAAGGUGAAUAUUAUCAACUGGUGAUUUCCGAAGCAUUCCCUGAGGAUGAGGGCACAUACAAGUGCGUCGCUGAGAAUAAGCUGGGUAGCAUUCAGACCAGCGCUCAAUUGAAGGUGCGUCCAAUUGAGAAUCUCGAUGCACCACCAACCAUCACCGCACUGAAGGAUGCCUCCGUUACGGAGGGUAUGCCAGCACAAUUUAAAACUACCGUUACCGGAAAAGUGAAGGCCACCAGUGUUCAAUGGUUCCGAGAGGGUGCUCUCAUACCGGAAACCCCCGACUUCCAAAUGAUCUUCGAUGGAAAUAGUGCCGUACUACUUAUUGGAACAACUUAUGAGGAGGAUUCGGGCAUUUUCACGGUUCGUGUUACCUCAUCAACUGGACAGGUCGAGUCGUCAGCUAAGUUGACUGUUAAAAGUAAGGAUUGAAUUAAUAAGAAAUAAGCAAAUCAAAUAUUAGUGAACGAAAAUGCGAAACGUUGACGGACGUAAUCUAACAAAACCGAAACAAACUCAUAGCUCUAGCUUGGCUAUCAAAUAUGAAAUACAUACUCAAAUUACAAAUUAAGAACGAGACCCGAACUAAAAUCAGUGUUCACAUUAAGUAGUAUGAGAAAUAUUUGAACGAAACAGCAGAAAUGAGAUAAAUUUAACUAAUUAUCUUACUAGAACUAGUCGUAAAAGUUUGAAACAAUAUUAAUGCAAUUUUACUGAAACUUAAAAAUAAAAAUAAAUAUUUUAUUAUUAUUGAAAUAGUAAAUCCCAAAAAAACGAAACAAAAACAAAAACGUACAUAAAAAUGAUAUAAAAACGAAAUAUUUUUACUACAUAUCUACUAAUUAACAUAAUAAAAAGUGAGCAAUUCAUAAAAAAAAUACAAAAAUAAAAAUACGAAAUUUAAGAUUUUUAAAGUUAAAUAAGUUGGCAUUUCUUACACAGCUAGAAAAAAGCGCAUAGCUAAAAAAAAAGUGGAAUCUAAGCAUUACAAUCAAAUCCGUAAACAUACGGCGAGUGAGCAAAUCUCAAUUGUGGAUUUUGAGUGUUUUUAGAUGUUGCUCAAUUGUAUUUUUUUUUUUUUUGUUUAAAUAAUGCAGCAACUUAAGUAGAAAGCGUGUAAGCGUGCAACCACACACACACACACACACGAGCGUACGCAUGCAUUGCUAUUGUGGGUAGGCUGUUGGUGCGCAGGGCGUAUGAGCAACAUCGUACCAUUUAGUCAAAAGCGCUCAUAUGUAUGUACAUUACCAUACCAUAUACACAAGCACACAAGCUUAAAAAAUUACACACAACGCCAAAAGCACUUGAAAGUAAAAAUCUAAUUCUGGUGCACAUCCAAUUUUCGGGCGGAAAAAAAACACACACACAAAAUAUGGAGAAAUUUUGAAUCGCUUAUAAUAAAGUUGGUCAGCCAACUAUGUAGAUUUGUGUGUAUACACAUACAUAUGUACACUUAACUUGGGAGCCGUGCGCAAAACGCAUAUUCAGUCUAAAAGCAUACAUUUUAAUAUGAAACGACUGACUACACACAAUUUUUUCUGUCAUCUAGAAUACUUAAAAACACACAAACCUACUUUCGGCGCGCAGACACACAAGCAAACACAUUCGCAUUCACAUAAUUUUUUUCGCUUUAUUGUUAUUAACAUGAAUUAUUAGCAGGAUAUAACAUUCAAAAGGGGAGCGUGUGUGUGUUAGUAUAAAUAUGUAUAAAUAAAUAUGUAUAUACAUACACAUACACUUCUCAGUGGCACAUUUUUGUACAAUGUUGUUGAAUAUCGAAAGAUGCCGCCUAGCGACUAGCGCAUGGGGAAUAUGUAGAUAAUUCUAAUUUCUGCUCUUAAUUGCAUUUAAGCUUAGAGCAUACAACUUGCACACAUAUUUGUACAUAUAUACAUACAUAUGUAUGUACAGCGCAGUCAGUGGUAGUAGCCAGUCAAGUAGCCCACCUGCCCGCCUAGGGGAACCACACAGGUUCGUGCGCAAAAUUUAGGUAGCUGCAUAUACGAUUUUACAUGCAUACAUACAGGCGGCAUACAUAUGUAUGUAGGUACAGUCAUGCAUAGAAAUAUGCGUUCAUAUUGUGGAACGAACAUAAAUUUUUAAUGGGAACAAGUAAAGCAGCAGCAAUCAUACAAAAUAUGUAUAAUGAAAUGUAUGCAUGUACAUAUGUAUGUAUGUAUGUCGGGCUAUUCUUAGUGCAUAUGGCCGUUGUAGUAUAUGCGGCAUGGUUCCCUUGUCGCUUGUGGGGUGAAGAGUAUUACUUAAGCUUCUAAUUUUUCACGCGAUAAUAGGAAUAAUAAAUAAUUUAAAAAUUCUAAAUUAUUUUGCUCGUAAAUUUUUAUUUAAAUUUAUUUUAUUUUUUAUUUUUUUUAAAUUCUACUUUUUCAAAUUGUUAUUCAUGGCAUCAUCUUCGACAAUGGUUUUGCGCUUAUGGAGAUUAGCCAUUGGCUAUUUUGAAAUGCUGUUGAUUAGCGUCGUGUAUUUUUAGCAUUUGUGCUGCGCCGCGCUUCUCCCUACACCCUCCGCUGGCACACCUGGCCAGCAAAUCCAUUGAAACACUGCCAAAAAAAAAUAAUUUAAAAAACAAUAUACAAUGCUUGCCUUUUGCCUUAUGAGUUUGAAGUAAAAAAUAGAAACCAUUAUUUAUUGUUUUGCUGUCCACUGACAGUACUUUAUUUGUUUUCCAUCAAUUUCAAUUUGUUUUUGAAUGUUUUAUAAAUAGCUGAUAUGUGAGGCAAGUAAAAAGUUUAUUUAAAUAAAAAGUGAUCAAAUGGUAGAUAGAAGUAGGCAUAAAAUCGCUGGCGUGUCAAAACUGCAGAUGCAUACUUACUUUGCGGCUGUGGGGCACGCCUUUAACGCAAUUUGGCAACACUUUCGCCUCAAAGCAGUGUAGGCACUGCAAUUACUUGCCGCAGUUAGCAAGUGACUUUUUCCAUGCCGUCCACUUUUUCUUACUGAAUGCGGUUCCCCUACAUACUUACAUAUGUAUAUAGCAUUUUGGCGCUGCAUCUGGCUUUGUGUUGCAAUAGAUGCAUAGUUGUUUACUCAUUUGCCUAUUGGCACUCAAACUAAUGAAUCAUUAGUUGUAUGAUUAGCCAACAGUAGUCACAUUGCACAAAUCAUCGGUUGGCAUUAGUCGCUUACAUACAUACAUACAUACAUAAAUACAUAUAUCUAUACAUAUUAUAGAGCAUACAAGGCACAAACUGUGAAAAGUUCUGAUUAAUUAUUUGAUGGUACAUUUGUCAACAACAGCGCCAACAUCAUCGUGCCGUCACUGCCAGCAACACCGCCAGCACCACCGGUAGACAGUUGAUUCAUAUAUGUUGUGUGACUUUGAUUUAUUUUUAAGUUUUUGACUAGCGAGCUGCUCUAAGGAUCAUCAUCAUGUGUUGAUUAUGCGCUCCACUGGCUUUUAAUAUUCGGGCCAUUAUUGUUGGUAUGCUGUGGGGGAAAAAAAAUAAAAUAAAUGUAUGAGUACUCGUAUUUAUUUAGUAGUAAAUAGCAAUUAAAAUGAAUACACAACAAAAAAAAAACGAGAAAUUGUAAAAAGAUAAAUUUUAUUUUAAAAUAUUGUUUCAAACUUUGACUAUAAAUGCAAAUAUGUGCAAAAAAUAUGGCAAACUAUAUUUGAUAUGCUGCUGUUUACUCUCUAAGCCGCCAACACCUUGCCGCUGCAUCAUAGCAUACAUAUGUAUGUCUCUAUGUAAUAGCUAUGAUUUACUUUGGAAUUAUUACUGUGGACUUUUGAAAAAGCAGCUUAAGUUGUUUUGUGAU